GUGUAAUUUCGUGGUCUGUGUUUUGCGUUCUGCAGUUCUGACCGUUUGUUUCUGAUAUUAACCUAUAAACCUUCACUAUCUUGAUAUUUAGGUCAAAUAUUAUUAAUCGGCAGCAAUAUGUCGCGAUAUGAUCGUGCCAUAACAGUAUUUUCUCCAGAUGGUCAUCUUUUUCAAGUAGAAUAUGCACAAGAAGCCGUAAAAAAAGGUUCUACCGCUGUCGGGGUGCGAGGGAAAAAUGUUGUUGUGUUGGGUGUUGAGAAAAAAUCUGUAGCCAAGUUGCAAGAAGAAAGAACAGUAAGAAAAAUCUGCAACAUUGACGAUCAUAUCAGCAUGUCUUUUGCAGGUUUAACUGCAGAUGCAAGAGUUAUUAUAAAUCGUGCUAGGAUUGAGUGUCAAAGUUAUCAAUUAUCAAUGGAAGAUCCUGUUACUGUUGAAUAUAUCACAAGAUACAUUGCAAGUCUAAAACAGAGAUACACUCAAAGCACUGGUCGACGACCUUUCGGAUUAUCUGCAUUAGUCGCCGGAUUCGAUGACGACGGAACACCUCGGCUAUAUCAAACUGAUCCAUCUGGUACAUACCAUGAAUGGAAGGCAAAUGCAAUUGGACGAAGUGCUAAAACAGUGAGAGAAUUUUUGGAAGAACACUACAAGGAAGAAGUAUCAAACAGUGAAGCUGCUACAAUCAAACUUACAGCAAGAGCUUUGUUAGAAGUUGUUCAAUCUGGAAGUAAAAGUAUCGAACUUGCGGUUAUAAAACAUAAGCAACCUAUGAGGAUGAUGACAACAGCAGAAAUUGAAAAACUUGUUGAAGAAGUUGAAAAGGAAAAGGCAGAGGAAGCUGAAAAGAAGCAACAAAAACUAGGAAAAUCAUCUUCAUAGUCACUGCUCAUUUUUAACUCUUAAACCAACAUGAUUGUAGUCAUUGCAACGGCAUGAGGGAAUGUUAUGUUCCAAAGUGCAGCCGCUGUCAGGCCUGGCCGGCCAUAUCUUUCUGUUUCUAGCAUUUGUUGCUUUAUUGGAAUGUAAUUAUAAAUUACCAAUUACAUCUGAAAAGUAAGAUUUUUGAAAAAGUACAUUUAGCUUUGCAGA